UUUCAAUAUACAAAGAAUAUGUUUAAAGGUACAAGAAGAAAAUCGUACACAUUCUGUGCCGGUCAAAUUCAAUAUCACAAAGUUCUUCGAGUCCAUCAAUUACACGCGCUGUAAUAUUGUGCUUAUCGGUGUGCGAUUUCGUCAUUUUGCAAUUUGAAUCGCAAAAUUAAAUAUUACCUGAGAUUCUAACACGUACCUGUCACGUACACGAACGCCCUAUCACCCAAGAAAGUCGGAAAGAAUAGAAAUAGCCUGUCGUAAAAAGGAUCGAGAAAUAAGAAGCCAAGAAAUUUUAGACAAAUCUACCUUUCACCAGCGACGUUAUUUUUUUAUAAAAGGAAUUUGCACCAAAACCGUCUGUUAUGGGUGCCAUUUUAACAAGAAAUAGAGAGAGCAGAACAUAUUCCAGACUUCUGCGUUCUAUCCUUAUGAUUCGGAGCCGGAACAUUUGCAGCAAAUGUAACAUUCAUUUUAAGACAAAGAUGCGUUUGGACGAGCACAUGCAAAGAUACCAUGCUGAGGCAACUUACACGUGCAAUCAUUGUAAUUUAAUCUGCGAGACUUGGCGAACAUUCCAGGAACACAUUUAUGCACGUCACAACGCCAUGGUAUUUUGUUCCUAUUGCUAUAAAGCGUAUAGCGAUUAUUCGAGUUUGCUUCUGCAUUGGAAAACUCACGAACCGUUCGAGUGCGAGAUAUGCAACGAUACGUUUGUUACACUAGCAGAUUUAAGGGAACACCAUGCUGCAUUGCAUCGGAACGUACCAUUCCAGCGAAGAUUAUCAUUUUUCCGACGUUUCACAGGAUAAGAAAAACAUAGUUAGAAGGCAUAAAUACACGAGAGCAUUUAUACUAAUUUCUCCCUUUUAUGUCAAUUACAUUUAGAAAUGUAUUCGCAGACAUAUUACAUCCUGAGAAGAAUACUGUCACAUCACAAAAAAUUUCGAUUUUGAGUUAAGCCUGUAUGAAAAGUAUAAUAGUGUCACAAGUCUAUAUGCGAAAUCCGCUGUAGGACGGAAAGCUGAAGUGUCAUUAUUAGUAAAUCGGUUAUGAUGCAAUUUCCUGGGUAAAUAGUGUCAUAAGCGAAUUGACAAAUAAAUCACAGCAAAUCGCUUCAAGAAACAAUAUAAGUUUCAUUAUAACAAGAUAGCAUAAUUGUAAUUGCGUUAUAAGUUAUAACUAACUCUCACAAUUCAAAAAAAUUGAAUUAAAUUAGUUUUCCCUCUCUCCUAAAAAUCGCGAAUUUUUUAGUUAUGACAGUAUUCUUCUCGGGUUGCGAUACAUAUUAAGACUGACU